AAUCAAUGUAUUUGGGCCAUUUUCCAUGUUAGCCCAUUUCCUACGGCGAUACGAAGAGAAAGUAUGGAGAGAGUUCCUUGAGGCCUACUUCUCGUCUCUAUUAUAAUUCCUUUCUCUGUUUCUCAAUUAGGUUUCUAAGAACAAUAACAACUGUUAUUUCUUUGCUCUUCCGAUUCCUUUCCUUCGCCUUCAUAGCAUGUGGAAAAUUUUCGAGGGAGAUCUGAAUCGUCUUGUUCUUGAUCACGUUCAUGAUCAUGAUGGCCCUUGAACAACAAGAGAAAAUGCAGAAGUACUGUGAAGCAUCCACAAGAUGCCUCCAUGGGAAAGCAAUACGUCAUAACAUGCAAUAUGAGGGUACCUUUGAAGAAGGAUCGUCUAAGCCUAAAGAUGGAACUGUUAGCUACACUGGAGAUGGCAUUACUGAAGGUGGAUCUCUUGACAGCACAUACUUUGUGCCUUCUAGUGACGGUUACCAUAGACCAAUCUAUCAACAGGAAUUUUAUGUUUGGUCAGGAUAUCAUCCUGACAAUCAGAGGGCCCAACAGAACCAAUUUUAUGCACUAGAAGAUCAUUUCUCUCCUAUGAGUCAUGACUACUGUAUUCCAGAUGAUAAUCGAUUUCAAUAUGUUCCCUUCAGGAAGGUAUUCCAAAAUUACCAAGCAGAGUUUAUAAACCAAGAGUUUCAGUAUUUUGUGGUUAUAGACUUUGAGGCAACUUGUGACAAAGAAAAGAAUCCUCAUCCACAAGAAAUUAUAGAGUUCCCAUCCGUACUUGUGAAUAGUAUGACUGGACAGCUGGAAGAUCAAUUUCAAGUAUAUGUGCGUCCUACUCACAAUCAACAUCUUACUGAUUUUUGCAAAGAGCUUACCGGUAUUCAGCAAACACAGGUUGACAAAGGUGUUCUAUUAAGUGAAGCCCUGUUGCUGCAUGAUAAAUGGCUGGAAGAGAAGGGUGUUAAGCAAACCAAUUUUGCUGUAGUUACAUGGUCUAAUUGGGAUUGUCGGGUAAUGCUGGAAUCUGAAUGUCAAUUCAAAAGGAUCCGUAAGCCACCAUACUUCAACAGAUGGAUCAACUUGAAGGUCCCGUUUCAUGAGGUAUUUGGUGGGAUAAAGUGCAACCUUAAAGAAGCUGUGAAGUUGGCUGGUAUUGUAUGGGAAGGCCGUGCCCACUGUGGUCUUGAUGACGCUAAGAACACUGCUCGUCUUCUUACUAACCUCAUGCAUCGUGGAUUCCACUUUUCCAUAACUAACUCACUGACAUGGCAACCUGUGGAGCUUCCGUUAACAAUGCAACAGUUUGUGGGGUGCCAACCUGGCAUUUCCCAACAACCCCCUAGAACGAAGGCCCAAUUGGUACCUUUAGUCCAGUUUCAUCAGAUUCAGGUUGAUCAAAGCAAAGAGAAACAUGUUUUCUGCUUCUGCGGUGCCAUCAGUAGAAAGCUAGUGGUACAAAAACCAGGACCAAAGCAUGGAUGCUUCUUCUUCGGCUGUGGUAAUUGGACUGCCACUAGAGGAGCCCUUUGCCCUUAUUUUGAAUGGGCUACUGUCUGAUCGAAGAAGCCCUUUAAUCUACUCUUUAACAUUUCACUAGGAAAAAGAAAGGGAAAAAGAAGAAUGAAGGUGCUUCUGGGUGAUAGGUGUCUCAUUUUAGUUGGGCUCUAACUUGUAAAGUUUGACUUCUUUAUCAAAGAGGGGAAUUGAUGAUAGGACGGUAUUUACCUACGAAAAGGAGUGCAUUUCCAUUAGCAGUUUUUAGUUUUUUUAAUUAAAAAAUAAGGAAAUUCGGAAUUUAUUACUUAUUAGGUUUGAUAUAAAGAAAUGGGGGACCUUGCCAGCAGUACUCAAAUAAUAGUUAUCAGGGCAUUUAUUUAUUUAUUUAUUUUGUUUUUUGGAAAAAAGUUAUCAGGGCAUUGUUUCUAUAUUUAUCGAAGAAAAUUUGGUUGUUCCUUUUCUUUUA